UUUUCAAUGACGUUUCGCAUUUUACUCUGUCUGCCAAAAUUUUUGUGCCCGUACCCGUUUUAGAAUAACUUCAACAUGUCUUUCUCUAGGAUUUGUAACAAAAAAGCAAUCAAUUUUGCAAAAUCUAAUUCCACCAAGACGACGAUGCUGGUUUACGACAGACAGCGCAAAGCUUCAUUACCGAAAGAAAACUACAGCAAACCAAAAAUAGCAACAGUUCCGACCAAGAAGAUUAAAAUUUGCACGGGAUCGGAAGUAAAGAAAAUGUGCCGUCCGAAACCGUGCGAAUGUCCGCCUAAAACUUCAUCGUCGAGAAGCUUUAUGGCGAUGUGCGGUUUCUUAAUGAAAAGUUUGAUUGCCGGUAGCGUCGUUUAUUGGACGUACGAUGCCGGAAUAUGGGGUGAUUCUGAAAGAACGGAGGAGGUGUACACAAACUUGUGCCACAUGCUACACGGAGAUACGCAUAAGCAAAUCACACAUAUCAGCAAGGCGUGCUUAGCCGAAAUGGAGUUACGGAAAUUGAGUCCUACCCCUCCACCCGUGGAUGAAUGCUCAAGACCACCAAUCGAUAGUGGGAAGACUAUGUAUAAAAUAAAGGACGCCUGGAAUCACGCAAUUACAUGUAUUUUUGAAGGAGUAACUCAAUUUCCAGGCAAUAUAAUGCGGUGGUACAAUGAAAAGCAAGGCAAAGAGCGCAAGUGUAUCCCUGUAAAGACUAAGUAAACACUGGACAUAAAGCUUUGUGGAACGAAUUCUCCCUUACUUUUUUUACAUUUGAAUCCCGUCAUCAUGGCCCCGUCGUUUUGGUCUACACAUUAAUCUAGUUCCUCAAGAAGUUAUGAGCAGUUCAUUGUGUAUCUGUGUGUCGUAGAAUAGUUGGUAUUCUAAUGUCAACUUGUAUAUAUUUUCUUCCUUUUGGAACUGAUGCGUCACCACGA